CUUGAAAUUUCCAAUGAAAUUGACAAAGCAAUAUAUAUCAUGAUAACAAUUAAUCAAGGAUCGAUUAUUGUGCUCGACGUGUUCCUGUUCGAACGCAUUAAAUAUGUGCGGGUCACAAUUUUGAGACAGACCCGGGAGAAUCGGUUCCCAUCAAACUUUUGGCAGCUUCACGUUGAUAGUGUUGGUAAUGUAUUUUCGAAGACCCAACGAUGUUUUUUUUUUUCUCUCUUUUUGACAAAAGAAUGAAUAUGUGUCUCCUCAUAAAAUAAAAUUCGACAUUCUCAAAAAGCACAGAACAAACGCGAAAACAAGAAUUGAAACAACGAUGAACUCUAGAAUCUUCCUCUCGACUUCCAAGGCUUCGUUCUUUUUGAUAAUUUUACUAAUUACAAGUGCAUACACGGCUCCUGUGGCAUCAUCAUCAGUUUCAAAGCUUUCUUCCCUUCGUGGAAGUGCCAAUUCCAUCUCCAUUUCGAGCGGCACUACCAACAGAGAGGGUGAGUUUAUCAGCAGUCAGUUUGCACUCAAUCUCUACUCGUCCGCAAUGGAAACCGCUCGCAACCUUUUAUCGGCCUGCGGUUCGGACAACAACGUUUUCGAUAAGGAGGGCGAAAAGAAGGAGUUUCCAUUUUCACCAAAAUGCGAAGAGUACGCCCCAAUGAAAUGCAAGAGGCGGGAAAACGGCAAGGUUAUAGAACAGAAUGCCUUCACGAAUUCGUGUUUAGCCAAGGCCGAAGGAUGGGACGUGGCCAAAGAAUGUAAAGUCCUCACCAAGUGUGCUUCGAAAAAAAAGAAAGAAUUCUCGUGCAAUGGCAAAACGUUUUACAACCGAUGCAUUGCCAAGAGAUCCGGUCAGUGCGACAUUGCUCUAUGAUGAAUACAUCAAUCACAUCACAACGUAGCAUGAUGCAAUCAACGAUCGCGUGGAUUAGAUCGCCAAUUUGACGGGAUGCAAUUUCUCCACCGGGACGGAGAAGCAAAUAAGCCGCUACGCAUAGU